GAAACGAGCGGGAUUUUCAGGAGAGAACUGCAGUCUUCUUUGUCGCUCCCUUGUCAGUCGUCGGUGAGAAUGACACUAUCGAUCUCGUAUCUUGCUUUUUUUUCUUUUUUGCCUCUUUGAGGGGUUGGUGGUGUGUUUUGUGUGUCCAUUCCAGGUCCACUCCCAGCUAUGUGAGGGAGUAUAAAGAAUGCGAGAUCGCCCGGCUGAAUUGUCGAAAUCAUCACUCUCAUUCAUCAUUCCUUUUCUUGAGAACAAUCUCUCUUCUUUUCUAGGUGCUGGUUCACUUGAUUCAAUUGCCUUGACGGUCCUUUUUUAUCUACAUCUAAUUUGUCUUAUACCCAUCUUUACCAACCCCCAACCCGACCACCAAAACAAACCGCAAAAAUGAAGACCACCUUCUUGACCAACGCCCUCAUUGCCCUCUCUCUCCCCUUCAUGGUAUCUUCGGCUCCCACUGUCGUCCCCCGAAGCACCGAAAUCACCGCUAAACAAAUCACCACCAUCGCUCCUCAAUCUUCGUCUUGCGCCAACGCCCCCGCCCAGGGCCAAUGUGCUACCGCUGCUCAGGCAGCCAAGCACAUUAACAACUCAUUCAAGACCUACAAGGUUACCAAUGCUGCUGAGCAAGCCGCUCUCAUUAGUUUGAUGGCGCUCGAGAGUGGCCAAUUCAAGUAUAACAAGAACCAGGGUGGAAAUCCCGGCCAAGGAACUCGAAACAUGCAAUCAGCAGCCUUCAAUACCAAAUACGCCUCCUCCCUCUCCGGUCUCUCCAGUAAGCUGAGUGGCGUUUCUUCGGAUCCCAACCAGGUGCUGGAGCUGUUGCUCAGUAAUGAGGAUUAUGACUUUGGGUCUGCUGCUUGGUUCCUCACCACGCAGUGUUCUAAGAGUGUGCGGUCCUCGUUGCAGGCUGGAACUGAAGCUGGAUGGGAGCAGUAUAUUACCGGCUGUGUGGGCACGACUGUUACUUCUGAUCGCAAGCAGUUCUGGCAGCGGGCCAUGAAAGCGCUGGGAGUUAACUAGAUCGAAAUUUUGAUUCAUCUGCAUAACUUCGUCUCUUGCAUCAAUUAAAAAAAAUAAAUAGCAAUUCUUCAUCUAUAACACUCCCUUGGUGCUGA